AGUCCUUCCGUUAACAAUAAACCAAGAGUUGUAAAGACACACACACCUUUUUUUUUUCGGACUAAAUCUAAUUUCUCGAAAUCGAUCAACUCCGCCUAUUUUCUUCUUGUUAUUAUUUACUUCUACUAUUUCCCCCCUCUUCGCUCCACUGUACCACGUCUGUGUGCUUUUCUCUGUGUGUGUGAAGCCGAAGAAAGGAAGAAAGAAAAGAGAAGGCAGGUGUUUGUGCCACCACGCUCGCCUUCUUCUGCCACCGCUGUUCGUGCCAUCGGAGACGCCUCAUUUUGGGCAACUCGCUGUUUCUUUUUCUUUCCCCCCCCCCCCUAUUUCUCCGACUGUUUCUCUACUGUCACUGAGAGCGCUAUUAUUAAUUUGUUUAUCUAUUUGCGUGGCUACAGUCUGGAUAAAGCAGUAUAUAUUAAGCGGCAGCCCUCAGCGAGAGAAGUAAAACACGCAGUAGAAAAGACAUCGCCUUGCUUGCCUCAAUUUUUUUUAACAAAAAAGAAGGUUCUUGCCUUUACGCAGCGGCUGAAAGCGUCGUCCGCUACUCUGCACGCCCCAUCUCGUUCCCUGUAAGCACUACGCGGAAACAUUCUCUCGAUCCCUUUUUUUUCUACUUAUUACUCAUUUCUUCUGCAGGUAUUUUUUUCUUUGCUGUUCAGCGCACGUCGUCAAUCAUGAGCAGCCAGGAAGACGUGCCAAAGAAGAAGCCGGCCUCGACUGAGCCGGUGGAGGGCAGCGCAGGUUACAUGUACGAUGGCGAGGAGUCCAGCCCCAUGUCGAAGGGCAUGCGCCGCAUGAUGGCUGGCGAAGCGGAUGCCGCUGCAGGCGAUCGGGCGUGCAACGUCAUUGCGGUCUUUCUGCUCUUCGCCGUGCUCAUCACCUCGAUCAUCAGCAUCGCCGCCGGUGCCUGCUGCCUCGCCUCGCUCUCCGGCAAGGCUUUCCACCACUUCCCGUUCUUUUUCGUCUUCGGCGUCGUCCCUGUCGUCCUCGGCUGCGUCUGCUUUGUGCUGACGCUGUUCAUCAUCGUCUUCAUCUCUGCCUGUGCGAUGGGCUUGCCGAACUACGGCAUGUGCUGCUACGGCACGUCGCGCCGCCGCGGUGCGCUGCGUGUGUGCCUGCUCGGUGUUUUCCCGUUCAUUGUCUUUCUCGUGCUGCUCGCCAUGUGCAUCCUCGGCUUCACCUUCUACAGUCUCGGUCAGCAGAUUCCGCCGCUGGACAAGGACUACGCGAAGAUCGACGGUCUGUCCGGCCCCAUUACGAUCGUGCGCGAUCAGAACGGUCUCACGCAUGUGAAGGCCAGCAGCCGCCGUGACGCCUACGUCGGCCAGGGCUUUGCGGAAGCGCAAGAUCGUCUUUUCCAGCUCGAGUUCCACCGCCUGGUCGGCAAGGGUGAGCUCUCCUCCACCGUCGGCAACGAGGGUGUCUCGACCGAUAUCUCGAUCCGCACGCUGAACCUCCGCGCCGCGGCGCAGGCGAUGUGCAACGCGACGAACCCGAAGGACCUGGACCACUUCCAGGCGUUUGCGGACGGCGUGAACCUCUACCUGAAGCACGUGUCGAAGCGCCCCGUCGAGUUCUUCUUCAUGAGCACGAAGCCGCUCUUCUUCCACGACCCCGAGCCGUUCAGCGCCUUCGACCUCUGCCUCACCGCUCGCCUCUUCCAGUGGCAGAUGAGCUCGAACAUCGACGUCGAGGGCCUGCGCUUCUCCAUCUGGGCCGCCACCAACCGCACCUACGAUGAGACAGCGGAGAUGUUCCCCGACUUCACGAACCAGCCGAACACGAUUCUGACGCAGGCGCAGAUGCUGAAGCUGACGACGCCGCUCUGGAACACGUCGGACAGCCCCGUCACGACCGACGCCGAGAUCGCCGCAGCCCAGAAGCUCUUCCUGAAGCAGGCGCAGGCGUUGCAGGGUUACAACGUUGUGGCGGAGCGCGCCACCUACGACUACGUCAUGUCCGUCUUGCGCGCGCAGCUGCAGGCCAAGGCGAAGGCCAAGGCAGGCGGCAGCGCCAGCAAGAGCCUCGCCGCUACGAACCUCGGCACCUUCUACCUGAAGGCGGACGAUGGUACCAUGCGCUCCUACCUCCGCGACAUGGCGGACCGCACCGUGUUUGCCUACAAGUUUGUGCAGGCGAGUAACGCCUGGGCGGCGCGUGACGCGAGCGGCAAUGCCAUGGCCGCCUCCGACCCGCAUCUCACCAUCAACCACCCCUCGAUCUGGUACUACGUCCACCUGAGCUUCCCGACGGACGAGGGGGUCCCCUACGACACCGCCGGCGUUGGUCUGAUCGGUCUGCCGGGAGCGCACAUCGCCCGCACCACGUACCUCUCCUGGGGCAUCACGAUGAGCAUGACCGACCUGCAGGACCUCUUCGUCUUCCCGCCGGCGAUGCUGUCGGGUCUGCCGGAGAACACGUACAUGUACAACGGCAAGCAGCGCGUCUACGUGGACCGCCUGGAGCGCAUCACGGUGAAGGGCAAGAAGGAUAUCGUCGUGCACGCGCAGGACACCAUUCUCGGCCCGAUCGUGUCGGACAUGCUGGGCAUGCCGGCGAUGCUGAAGGUGGCGAUGUUCGCCGUCCCGCUGCGUCACGAUGACAACGAGUCCAUCGGCGCCCUCAUGAGUCUCUCCGACCCAGCCGUGGACACCGCCGAGAAGCUGAUGACGGCCGUCAUGAAGCUGCGCGCCCCGGGGUUUUCCAUUCCCAUCGCGGACGUGACGGGCAACCUCGCCUACGCCGUGACCGGCCAGCACCCGCUCCGCAACGCCGGCCACACCGGCCUCUUCCCCACGCUCGCCCUCGACGGACCCGACCUGCUGUGCCGCAUCAUCAUGACCGUCAGCGGGUCGCCGGUGCCCGAUGCCGCGGCUUGCGACCUGGCGACCGUGCUGGCGGCGAUGGCAGCCAGCGGCACGACGAUCGACCCCUCGAGCAUCAACCUGACCCUCCUCAUGCCCCUCAUCCAGCGACGCCUGCAGACCUCGACGUGGUCCACCUACGUCCCGGAGACGGCGGCGGAGGCCUUCAAGAGCGUGCCAGAGCCGCUGAUCCCUCACGUCAGCCUGCCAUUCGACGGCACCGCGGCGAACAUCUCGUGCGCGAACCAGAAGAUCACCCCCGAUGGCUACCCCUACCUCCUCGGUGCCGACUUCGCCUGGCCGUACCGCGGGGCCCGCAUUCAGGAGCUGCUGGUGGCGAAUAAAGAAAAACUCUCGACGCAGCAGCUGCACAUGGCGAUUCAGCUCGACAAGCGCAGCAACAUCUGGGCCGUUGAUUUUCGCCCGAUUGUCGCGAGCGACGCCUUCAAGGCUGCCAUCGCCGACGACGCCACCGCGACGAACUGGGCGAGGCGGCUGCUCGCGUGGGACUCCCUCGCGACCAUCGGCAGCGUCGAGACGUCCUUCUUCUGGCGGUGGCUGCAGCGCAUGUCCAUCUUGCCUCGCGAUGUGAUUGCCGCAACGGGCUCGCAGCACUGGACGCCGGAGCGGCGCUAUCUCACGCGCAUGCUGACCGCCCCGUCUGCGCGCAUGAAGGCGGAGUGUGCGGACUACAUGCAGAACUGGAAGAGCACGCAGCCCUGCAUCGACUUCGCCGUGGCGAUGUUCAAGGCCCAGGCGAAGGACGCCGGCACGGGCUACAAGGAGCAGUGGGGCAAGGACCUCAACCGCAUGCACGGCCUGCACGAGAUGCUGGCGAAGAAGUUCGUGCACCCCGUCUUCCAGCGUGAGAUCACGAAGGCCGGCGACGUCAGCUCCGUCGACGUCUCGCACAACUCGAUCGACGGGGCGAUGGAGUCGACGCAGGCGGCCAGCAUGCGUCAGCUGUACGACAUGUGGAACGCGACGCACCACAUGUACUUCCAGCUCCCGGGUGGCCAGAGUGGCAACCCGUACUCGAAGCUCUACGACAACCUCCUGCACAUCUACGAGAAGGAGGAGUACCUGCACGUGCCGUGCGACCACACCAGCUACGGCAGCAUCGAUGUUCUGCACAAGCAGAUGCUCAGCCAGUAA